UACUUGCUGUCCACAGAUGUUAAGGCAUCUUGCAAGUAUGCAAGGUGAACUCAGCUAGGAACGUGGCAUCACAUUCUUUUUCUAUGCUCGCUUCCACAGACGGUCUUCAGGUACUCAGAACCUGCAAUCUGGAAACGGAUUCUGGCAUUAAGAGAUAAGUUGUCGAGCACUGAGUCAGUCUAUUUCACACAAUCAACCAACCUGUUAACGCUUGUAUGUAAUGUGGGUUACAUUUCUGCUUUAUGAAAAAUAUGGGGACUCCGGUGAAAUACUACUCCAAGCAAGAAAGUGACUCUAUUCCAGUCUCUGCUGGAGAAAUAAUGCGUAAUGCGACUGCAUUGGAAUCGACGACAGACGUCAAAAAGGAACUGAUAGCUCGGACUGUAACCGGUUGCCUGCUUGCUGUGCUUAUACUGUCGACCUUAUUAGGGAAUAUUCUGGUGUGCUCCGCUGUGAUCAAGUUUAGGCAUCUUCGAAGUAAAGUUACUAAUAUCUUUAUUGUGUCUCUGGCUGUGUCAGAUUUAUUUGUUGCAGUAUUGGUGAUGCCGUGGAAAGCUGUAGCUGAGGUUGCAGGUUACUGGCCAUUUGGCACUUUCUGCAACAUUUGGGUGGCUUUUGACAUUAUGUGCUCCACUGCAUCCAUUCUUAAUUUGUGCGUUAUCAGUGUGGACAGGUAUUGGGCGAUCUCCAGCCCUUUCAAAUACGAAAGAAAAAUGACUCAGAGGGUGGCAUUUGUAACGAUAAGUGUAACAUGGACAUUAUCAGUACUUAUUUCAUUCAUACCAGUGCAGCUGAACUGGCAUAAAGCCAGCUCUUGGGCGGACAGAGCAAACAACACCACUACUGAGAAACAGACGGAAAACUGUGACUCGAGUCUUAACAGAACAUACGCCAUAUCCUCUUCUUUGAUAAGCUUUUAUAUUCCUGUUGGCAUUAUGAUUGUGACUUACACUAGAAUCUACAGGAUUGCUCAAAUGCAGAUCCGGAGGAUUUCUUCAUUAGAAAGAGCGGCUGAACACGCUCAGAACUGCAGAAGGAAUCGAUUAGAGUGUCAGCACCACAACUCACUAAAAACAUCUCUCAAAAGGGAAACCAAAGUCUUAAAAACGUUGUCUGUGAUCAUGGGAGUAUUUGUUUGCUGCUGGUUGCCUUUCUUUAUUUUAAAUUGCAUGGUCCCUUUUUGUGACAAGAGUGCUGACUACGAGUCUGGUUUUCCAUGUGUGAGUGAAACGACUUUUGAUGUGUUCGUUUGGUUUGGCUGGACAAACUCGUCUUUAAAUCCGAUCAUAUACGCGUUCAACGCUGACUUUAGGAAAGCUUUUUCUAGCCUUUUGGGUUGCAGUCAUUUUUGUCCUAGUACCGCUGUUGAAACUGUCAACAUAAGCAACGAGCUCGUGUCCUAUAACCAAGAUACAGUAUUUCAUAAAGACGUAGCUACUGCUUAUGUCAACAUGAUUCCAAAUGCGGUGGACUGCGUUGAUGAUAACGACGAGACUUUUGACAGGAUAUCUCAGUUGUCCCAGAACAACGAAAUUGUAACAGAUUCGUUUUGUGAUUUGGAGGACCGUGAAGCAGAUAUUUCUAUGGAUAGGAUAACAGCGUUCACUCCUAAUGGUUUACAUUAAAUACUGUCUACACGAUUCAGGUUGUCGAUUAAAAUUAUUAUCCAGUGUUUAGAACUUACUAUAAUAUUUAAUACAUAUGUUGUAAUAAGUGAUGCGUCUAUAUGGAGUCCUACCGGUAAAGGUAGUGUAAUUUAUAAAUAUGCAUAAUGUGCUGAUAUCAGUAUUAUGUUACUGUUAAUUAUGAGAAGAAAAAAAAAAUCAAACUAAACUGAAGGAUUUCAUAUUGUUAACUUCUUCCGGACCAGCCAAGUCUAAAACUCAAUCAAUUCUUUUUUUAAAAGAAAAAAUAAAAAUAAUACAUUAAGUAGAUGGUCCUGAUGAGUUUAAAUAUGAAUUCCUUCAUUUUGGGUCAAUCUGCGUUAAUUAAUUGUCUAUAAGCAUGAAAAAAGCACUGGCAUCAACCAUGAUACCAGUACUUGCUUACUCAAUCUUUUAAACAGAACAGUGGAACAAAACUGUCAUACUGCAUUCAGUUCAUUGUAAGAGCCUGCAAAGAAAAUGUUUAAAAAGUCGUAGUUCUGGAAUUAUCCUAAUAGAACAGAUAGGUUAUAUAGAAUUUUGAACAGGUACUUAACUGCACUUUAAAUUGAGGCCAGCUUCCACUGCUAUGCUGAUUAUACCCAGCUCUAUCUGUCCCUAAAGCCAGGAAUUUCUUCUGCCUGGGUGUUACUGGCUGGCUGCUUGCCUUACAGACAUCAAGCAUUGGAUGUCACAGAAUUUUCUAAUGUUGAAUUCAGAUAAAAUAAAACAGAGGUUAUGCUAGUGAGCUCACAGAACCAACUAAAAGCUCGACCCUUGCAGUCUCUCAUCAAAACUUAAACUAGAGAUUAAGAGGGGGGGGGGGGGAUUAUUGUUUUAGCCUCAUUACACUGGCUCCCUAUGCAGUAUAAAAUUGAUUUUAAGAUUUUGCUGUUAACUUACAAGGCCCUGAAAGGAUUAGCACCUAGUUGUUUGCAGGAGUUACUGACCCUGUAUCUUCCAAACCGCAUUCUGAGAUCACAGGAUGCGGGGCUGCUGGUUAUUCCUAGGGAGGUAGGGCUAUUUCUUGUAGAGCUCCUAAAUUAUGGAAUGCUCUGCCAUCGUUUGUCAAGGAAGCUGGGACAAUUACAGUUUUCAAGUCAAGACUAAAAACACACUUUUAUAAAAUGGCUUUCUUAUCUUAGUGGGUUUUAAUGUAACUUUAAAAUUGCUGCUUUGUAGUAUUAUGUGUAUACUGUUAUGUGAUAUGUUAUUUAAGUGGUCUGAUUAUGGCAGCUGUAUGUGUGACAUGCUAUUCAAAUGUAUUGCAGUUUGUUCUUUUUUUCUCCUAUGUACUGUACAGUGCUUUGUGAUACUUUUGUAUAAAAAUAGCUAUAUAAAUGCAGUAAAUAAUCAUAAAAAAUAAUAAUAAUGCAGAAAAAACAGUGCAUUGUGUCAUCACAGUACUGUGUUAUAUUAUUAUUAUUAUUAUUAUUAUUAUUAUUAUUAUUAUUAUUAUUAUUAUUAUAUCAAAAUGUUAUUCUACAAAUAAACAUAUUGCAGUCUGUUAAAGUCAAUAUUAUUCACAGUACAUUCACCUCAAUACCAUAUCAUUUAGCUGGGUAGUUUGUAGUUUUGGAGGUCGUAAGCGAAUUCAACUAAAGGAGAUAAAGAAAAUAUCAUAUAAGUAAUUGAACACAUUUGUAAACACUGUUACUACAUUUUUGAAAAUGUGCUCUUUAAUGCCUUAUCAAUAAGUGUAACAAA